AUGAGCUCUAUAAAUCGAUUUAAAAAAAACGCAUGCACUUGCAAAUUUUCUAAAUGCAAUCAAGAAGCUGAAUUCUCUUGCAAAUGUUCAGAAUCAUUUUGAUGCAAAAAUCAUAUUAAAACUCAUCAAAUUUCUUCAACAAAAGUGCAUUUAGUAAAUUCACUGCUUAUUGGUGUUUAUGAUUUAACCAAAAAGGCAAUUAUGAAGGUCUUAGCAAAAGAAAGAUCCAAACUUCGUGAAAUGAAUACUAAAAUCCAGGAAUUUAUAUCUGAAAAUAAUUUUAGUUUUAAAGCAAUAUUGAGCGUAACCUUGAAAGAAAUCACAAAUAAUAUCAUUUUAAUUGAUCAAAUUUGUGUUGAACUUAUGAAAACUAAAAAAAUACACAAAUUCGAAAAAAAAGCUUUUCUGAAAGCUUUGAUUCUAAGUCCGCAGGAAGGAAUAAGAGUAAUCAAAAAAUUGUUGAAUUGAAAUUGAAGCUUCGAAAAUGAUGAUUUCUAUAUCACUACUCUUAAGACAUUAAAAAGUAAGCAAAUCGAAAUUCAAGAAUUUGAAAACUGAAUUUUAAGCUUAGAAACCUUUGCCAGGGAUGAUGAUAUAGAGACUAUCAAUAAAUCAUUAAAAGAUGAAAUCGAUUUAAAAUUCAAUUUAAACUUCAAUACAGACAAAUUGUUGAUUUAUUUGUGCAUAAGUGAAAAAAUCAAAUCAAGUUACCAGGAAUACUUACUCCCUUCUGUGAAAAAAAAAAUUAUAUAUAAGUAAUUAUUAUGUCAUGAAAUAUCUAGCUAAUCCUGUUGAAUUUUAAAAAAUAUAAAAUUUAUUAAAAAAAAUGAAUUAAUAAUCCAUAAGUUAACAAAAUUUUUGUUCGCUCACAGAGGGGUUAGUUAGAAAGAUAUGAAAAUAUUAAUAGAGUAUUGAAAAGAUAUAUAGACAAUCUAAGCUAUGAUACAAACAAUUUAUAUCAUAUAAAUUUCAAAGAUGAUAUCACUGGAUUGUGGACUAUUAAUAUCGAGACUAGACUAAAAGAAUGACAAAAACUUCCAACUCCAUAUAUAAUGGGUUAUCGAGACUGCGCUGUGAAGCUUCCAAACUCUGAGCUGUUUUGCUUUGGGGGCUCUAAUAUUAAUACUGGCGCUGCUUAUAUACUAGACCUUCAAUCUUGAACUAUUCGAAAAUAUUUACCUUCUACAAAUCCACGUAUCCACUCAGGAGGAAUUUUCUAUAAAAAUGCUGUUUAUGUUUUUGGAGGACAAGAUCGCAACUCUUUUGACUGCCGCGAUGUAGAAAAAUUUGAUUUAGAGAAGAAUAAAUGGGUAAAGCUCCCACCUAUGAUAAGCCCAUCACAUAAUUGUUCUUGCGCAAUUUUAAAAAAAUAAAAAUUUUUUUUUGUGGCGAUAGUAAUAGAAAACUAUAUAGAUACGAUUUAUUUAUUGAGAGCUGUUCAUUAA